GUUCAGUAUUCGUUUGGCGAUCACACCGUAACGAUGCGAUGUUUGUGGUUUCUCUCGCUUGUAUGCCAUAGCUCUGUGUUCAACUGAUUGUCUGAUCGAUCGCGAUCUUUCUUCGGACUGUGUGUUGAUUGAACGUGUGGCUUGAAGCGCGUUUAUUAGACGAACGAACAAAAACGAAAAAAGAAGAGAAAUAAAUAAAUAACAACCAACAGUGAUGACAACUCUAGUCGAUGACGAUUGUGACUGUUAUUAUCUAGCUGUGUUGCACUGUUAAAACCGAAAGCAGAUGGUGGAAAUUUUGGCCAUUUACGCAAAUUUGGAUGUGUUGCCGAGUGUUGGAGUUUUAAAGCCGAACAUAUUCAUCAUAGUUCAAAUGUUGUCAUACCUCAUUUGAUGGAACAGUUUGGUUGCUUUUUUUUUGUAAACAACAAGAACAUCUUUUGAGCAACGAGAAAGACCCCACAAAACAACAACAUCAACCAUAAUAACAACGAAGAAUAUCGAGAGAAAGAGAAAAAAAAGCACAAAGAAAAAGUGAUUUCAAUAAAUAAUGGUAAAAUGCGAUCAUUAGUGCGUAGGUUGGAACCAAAAAUGUGCUAGCGCGUUGUGUGUUUGUGCAGCACCACAACUCGUCGAGGGCACGAGCUCAUUCGAUGUUGUAUCAUUUCCAUCUCGAUGUUGCUUCAAAUUGUUUAUUCCGUUGAAUUUGGCUCGACAAUCUUAUCUUGCUUGCGGAUUCAUCAGAUUCUAUGUGUGUGUUUUUGGUUUCAAUCCCGCAUUUUGCUUUUGCUUUGUGCUUGCUUCAUAACAAAAUAAGAGUCUUGCGCGCGUCUGUGCAGUGAAAAGUGAUUGAUGAAUAAAAACUAUUGUCAUUCGUUCGAUGAAAUUGUAUAAGCAAAACCGAAGGAGAAAAAAAAGAACGACUUGAUGGUACGCAUUGUGUGUGAGCGCGGUGUUUUGUGAAGAAAUCUUUAGUUGGAACACGAUUCAUCAGCCGAAUUUGGUUCAGCGCACCGAUUUGAUCAUUGUUCAGUGCUUUCAAACCGAAAAACAUAAAUAAAUAAAUGAAUAUCAAGUUGAGAAAAGAGAGUGAAAGAACAAAGAGACAACUCAAAAAGACAACUGAAUUUGUUUAUGGUGAAAAUAGCGAAACAAAUCACUGGUUUUUUUUAAAGUUUAAGUUAGUGAAUUUCUAAUUUAGCGAAACGUCUAUUUAGUCGCCGAUUCAUGCGACAAAUGGAGAAAAAAAACAGUUGAAAUGAAACCGUAACAAGACCGAUGUGUAGUUUGAAAAAAGGCCAAAAUGUUACAAGUUGAACUGAAUAAAAAUAUGCGUUUCGCAUUCAUACUUGAACGUUAGCACCGAUUGAGUUGCGACUUGAGCUCGAUCAACGCGUGGAGACGCUAAGAGCGAGAAGGGGAGAAGGAAGAGAGAGAGAGAAGGAGAGAGAGGAAUGGAGAGAGCAAGCGAAGGAUAAAAAAAAACUGAUCAAGCACAAAGGAGAUUGAGAAAUUUCUACCGGAGCGUCGAGCUAGCGACAUAGAAAGAAAGAACGAAGGAGAUCAAUCUAGCCCGAUAGAGAAAGCGAGUGAUCGAUAGAGAACGUGAUCUAUUGAAUGUGAAUCGAAGUGUAGUGUGUCGAAGUCGUUACCCAUUCAACAAUAAAUAUUUUCUUCAAUAAGGUCAACAUGUUAAAAACCAGUUUGCAUCUGUUAAGUGUGUUGCUGCUAGUCAUUUGCUGUCGCGUGCAUUCGACGAACAUAAAUGAGCCGUUAAUUGAUGCCCAACAUACACCGGCGAUUGAUUUGUCGGCGCAUGGGCACCGUGUUGUCAUCAACCGUAUCAUUGAAACCACUGUAAAUACUAGGCCACAAUUAAACCAAAGCUUGCGAGUAAAUGCUAUAAAUCAUGCCAUUGCCGACACCGAUGAUGAUGAUGAUGACAAUGUACAAAAAAUGCCCAACGAAUGGCCAAACACACUGGCUACCGUUAAACCAAUUACCAAAUCAAUGAAAUCAAUCGAAACCACAUUGAACGCUGCCAAAUUGUAUAAUAAAAAUGAUUUGCGCAAGCGAAAAAUUAAAUCGACCGGCAUCGAUCCCUAUGCGGAUUGGAAGUGCCCUAAUAUCAGCGAAAAUAGCCGAUAUUUGGAAUGUGGCUGUGAUAUACCACAAACACUACGGUGUAGCGGUGAUAUUCAUGGACUGCAACAAAUUGCGGACGGUUUAAGAAAUACCAGAUACCCGGUGUCAUUACUCGAUUGUACACUCAAAAAUGUCACAUUUUUAAGUGAUGCACGCAUUUUUGACGGAGUCUCAUUACAUGGCCUGGUGAUAUCGUCAGGUGAAAUUAAACGCGUUCAUCGACAAGCAUUUUUAGGCAUGAAAAUACCAUUACUUGAACUUGGCCUACCAAAUAAUGCACUCUCAUCCGUACCAUCACAAUCAUUGGCGCCACUCAUCGCAUUGGAACGCCUGGUUUUAUCCCAAAAUCGCAUUAAAUACUUGGACGCAUCCGAUUUUUUGAUGCUUGAAAAUCUGAGCUAUUUGGAACUGAGUGAUAACAAUAUUUCGGGCAUUUCGCAGCGAGCAUUUUUAACAUUGAAAAAACUACAAACACUUAAGCUGAACGGAAAUCGGUUGGAAAUCGGCGACAAUUUGCAAGCAAUUGGCCAGUGUGUUAAUUUGAAGGAAUUGGAUUUAUCAUCGAAUUUACUUCGUGGACCUUUAACGCGGAAUCUGUUGCCCGUACUGAAAUCAUUGGAGUCAUUGAAUUUGGGCACAAAUCUAUUCACCAGCAUUUAUACGGGUGCUUUUGAGAAUUUCCCCUUUUUGACCAGACUCACGCUGCGUCACAAUCAAAUCGAUGUGCUGCAAGAUCAUUCAUUUUCUGGUCUGAAUUCACUGCAAACGCUGGAUUUGAGCCACAAUGGCAUUGUCGCCAUAUCAGGUGCAUCGCUGAAGCACUUGUCUCGGUUGCUAGUCUUGAAUUUAACACACAAUUUUCUAAGAGCUUUGACCGCCGAUCUAGUGACGCCGUUGCCAUCGUUGAAAGAGUUGCGCGUCGAUGGGAAUGACAUAUCAAUGGUGGCCAAAAAUGCAUUCAUCAGUGCAAAUGCUCUUGGGACUUUAUCGUUGCGCGAUAAUCCAUUGUCAUGUGAUUGCUCGUUGAAGCCGUUUGCCGAAUGGAUGUCGAAAUCUAGCAUUUCAGCACAGGAUCAAUUGAGUGCUGUUUGUGCGACUCCUCCCCAUUUAGAAGGUGCGACACUCCAGGAAAUUCCAUUGGAUUCACUUAACUGUGAUGGUAAUGUGAAUCGCAACAGCAACGCAAAUGUACUGCAUCAACUUGAAAUCCGAGCCAAGCAAAACAAUUUGACAUUCGUUAACAAAUUCAGCGACGACAUAAUUUUGAAAAAGAUACACUUGUCGAUGGAUUACGGAUUGAUAAUUACCUGGAGUGUAACGUUGAACAGUGCGAAUUUUACAUGUGAUGCCAUUUUCGUGUACAAAGAAUCAAAAUGGAAUGAAAGCCUCAUGGAAAAUCUACCGAUGCACUGCGAGAGUAAUAAAAUGGGGAAUGAGAAUAUUGUGAGCGUGAUCUUGUAUGAUGCGACGCAAUUUGCGAUUGGUGAUAAAUAUCGCUUUUGUUUGGUGUUGGUGCAAAAGAGUGACGAUCAACGAGACUUAGUCGUUGGAUGUUCAAACAUAACAAAAUUGAAGCAAAUCGAAAAUGUGUUGGUAACGGAUCGGAAUGCUGAUCAUUUUGCUGUGCCGGUGACCAUUUCACCAACAACCACAAAGUUCGAAGUGGAAACGAUGCAACCGAAAUUGAGACAAGAAGAGGAUGAAAUGAUCUCGGAUAUUUCAUCGUUUGAGAAAAUUUCCGAUCAAAUACAAACGGAACGACAACAAAUUCAGCCAAUUGAAUACACAAGCAUUUAUCGUGGCACGGAAAUGCCAACGACGGUAAAAACGAUUCAGGCGCCAAUCGAAACGGCAUACGCCUCCCAGCUGAUGAAUCAUUUUAACGAUGGCCUAAUGCCAAGUCUAAGCAUUGGUGUGCUCAUCACCAGUGUGUUUGCAUUCAUUUGGGCGGCCACCAAAAUUACACAUCAUCGACGAUCCAUACCGUCGACGGUAUGCUAUGCAGCCGCCGAUCAACAUUCCGUCGACAUCGAAAACAGCAAUCGCUACCUUAAACUUCAGGCCACAACGACAUUAUAACAAUUGAUCGAGCAAUUGCCAUUUGAAUUUUUUUUUACCAACAAAUGAAAUGUGAUAGACAAUUUUCCUCUUUUCGAAACAUACCACAAGCAGCACAGCUCGUUGCACAUAAUUUAUAAUGUUUUUUUUUUGUACAUGAAAAAGAGAAAGAAAAAUACGACCGCAAAAUAUUAAACUAAUUUAUCGAAACAGGACGCGACCUUAGAUUUAUAAGAGAUUCUAUUUUGCUCACGAAUAAAGUAUUUGUACCGUUAAA